AGCGAAUGCGUGCGUGAGUGAGUGAGUGAGCUGCUGCUGCUGUUUCACAGCUCCUCUUGCAAUUGCAAGCAUCACUCGCCGAGCUUCCUCUCUCGCUCGCUCUCCCCUUCUUGUCCCGCCGGCUUGAAGCCCUCUGUUCCAACGCAGUAGCACCGCGUUGAAGAGUUUCUCUUACUGCGGCUGCCGUUGCGAUUCUCCGACUAUCUUCUUCACCCGACACCGCGAUUUCUCUCUUUCUCUCUCUCUCACCAUGGCUUCUUUCGCAUUCCACGCCAUCUCCCUGCGUUCUUCCUUCCUGCCCCCGACUUCCUCUCUCGCCGUGACUUUUUCUUCGUCUUCUUCACCGCUUGCAUCCCCCUGUGUCGUUCGAUUUCCAAUUCUCUCUUCUUUGCAGAGUACUGCGGAGGACAGGAAGAGGACAGGCGUGAACUGGGGGUGCGAUCCUCAAUCCAUAGAGAAAGGGUCGUUGCUGCAAGAUUGGUUGAUGAAGGAAGGACUUGCGAAACAGAAGCUGGUGUUGGACAGAGUAGAUUCUGGUGGCAGGGGUCUUGUAGCAACGCAGAGCCUGCGUCAGGGUGAACGGCUGUUGUUUGUGCCAUCUGGGCUUCUUAUCACUGCUGAUUCGGAGUGGGGGUGUGCUGAAACGGGCAGAAUAAUUAAGGAAGCCGGACUCCCAGAAUGGCCCAUGCUAGCAAUAUUUCUUAUCAGUGAGGCCAGUCGAGAAGAGUCAUCUCGUUGGUUUCCUUACUUCGCCACCUUGCCGAAGACACCUUCGUCAAUCUUGCAAUGGACCGAGGAAGAAGUGAACACAUGGUUGACAGCAUCACCUGUCAGAGAGAAAGCUUUGGAGUGCAUCAGAGAUGUGACAGAGACAUAUCGAGAUCUCCGGGCGACCAUUUUCCUCAAGCAUCCCGAAGUAUUCCCUUCUCAGGUUUACACUCUGGCGGCCUUCAAAUGGGCUUUUGGAAUACUCUUUUCUCGCCUCGUAAGGCUUCCGUCGGUUGGAAAAUUGGCCCUUGUACCCUGGGCGGACAUGUUAAACCACAGCCCUCAGGUAGAUUCUUUCUUGGAUUUCGAUCAGAACAAUGCAAAGUCGGUUGUGACCGUCACUGAUCGCGCUUAUCAAUCUGGAGAACAAGUAUUCAUUUCCUACGGCAAACGAUCAAGUGGGGAGCUCUUCCUCGCAUACGGCUUCAUUCCAUCAGAAUUAAAUGUACAUGAUUCUGUGGAACUGGAAAUGGAAAUAGACAGCGACGACCCUUCAUUCGAAGCCAAGUUGAGAGCAGCAAACGAACAAGGCCUUUCUUCGCCUCAGAGAUUUCCAGUAAGGAAAGAUGGUUUUCCAGCACAAUUACUUGCAUAUGCUAGACUUAUUGCGAGCCGAACUUCAGACCCUGCUCAACUGUCUCGGAUUGCUAGAGCAGCCACUGAAGCAAACGCAACGGAAAAGGACGAUUCUGAUGUGAUAGCCAUGCUCUCUGCUGAGGAAGAAACGAACGCUUACGAGCGAGUUCUGGCAGUCUGUGAGAAUUCCAUCGCAGAGUAUACCAAGUUUCUGGAGGCACACGAGUUGGAUGAAGUAAUGAAUUCGGAUACCAGCACACGUGUCAGCAGAACUCGAAUGUUACAGCAGUUGGCGGUGUCCCUUUGUAAAAAUGAGCAGCGGAUGCUCUUUAGAUUACAACAUAUUCUACGAACAGACCUGCGGGGACUUCGUACCUUGCCCGCCACAGAGAACAUGAGUGGAGGCGCAAAGGGGAAGGCACAGCGUAAAAAUGGAGGUCUGUUCGGAUUGUUUAAAUGGGAUAUUGACAUCCUGCAAAAGUAGUGUGGGAUAUCGUGGAAUCUUUGAAUUCGUCAUCUACUCAUGAUAGAAUGCACGCAAAUUCUAGUCCUACGACACUUUUUUUUGUGUUAAGCUAGGAGCAAUUCAACCGUGAUUCGAAGUGUCUUUCUGUAGCCUAGAAUUUAAUGCCUCCUGAACUAAGACUUAAAUUUUCUCUACUUCUGGUUUGAGAGUCAUUUUAGAAUUUCACCUAGUUGCCAAACGGUGCUGAUGAUAUCUCACUUGAGGGACUGACGUUGAUGAUAUCUCGGUAUGCAUUUUCAGAAUCAGCAGUUCUCAUGAUGUAAGCCAUAGUUUCAGUGUGUGGAGUUUUCAUUCAAAAUGCAGCCUUAUCCAAGUGGACCUUGAACAGCUUGAAUUGUACAUGAAUCCCCAAACCAGAUGACGAAUGGGUCUGAUAAGAAAUAUAGUAUUUUACUAAUCAA